AUGACAUUCCUGGUAAUACUGUUGUCGUUAUUUCCAUUUCAAAUCUAUGCCUUGGAGCCGAUCAAAGGAUUGUAUGAAAAUUCGGGAUUUCACUGUUUUAGUAGAGAUUCUAUGCGAUUGCCUCGCUAUUUGCACGGCAAUCCACAAACCACUGAUCCGCCAUUCGAGUUAUCAGUUCUCGACCAGAAGGGUCAUCGGGUAUCUUAUUACGAACCGGGCAAGCUGUACACAGUUAAAUUGGAAGCCUAUGUCCAUUUUCGAGGCUUAAUGCUUCAGCCGAGACUAUGUACACCCAACGGAAACAUCAUUGGUUCGCUUCGCGGUGGAAAAUUUUUGAAAGAUGAUCGAUAUGAAACGAAUGGAAUCGAUUUUCAUCAAUGCGGUCGUUUGAUCACAAAUGACUCGAUAACGCAUGUGAAUGACGAGAAGAAAUUUUUGGCAGAGACCAAAUGGACGACUCCGAGAGAUAUUGGCAAUGUUCAGUUCGUAGUCACAAUCGCAGCGGAAAAUGAGCUCUAUUGGGAGAAAUGGCGUCCGAAAGGGGGAUUUUUACGAUCUUCGGCAUUGUUGAACGAAAAACAAGAUCCAAUGUUGUUCGUCUACAAUUUGCACAAGGAUAAUCAGGAAACUGUAAUCAAGACAGAAAAAGUGUUGCCGACGGAUCACCCACUUUUCAUUGAGCAAAAAGAAUUUCUGAAGAAAGAUCCCACGACGAAAUCGAUUGUUUUGGAAUCUGAAAAAGAAAUCGAGGCUUUUGGUUUCAACGAAUCCGUUUUUGAACAAGUUUCCGCUGGAAAUGUCGAAGAAUUGGAGAAUAAUUCUGGACCGGAAACCCCUAUUCCAAUUAUGACGACUACAGAAUCAACGGAUUUCACUGAUAUCGCAUUAGAAGAAACCGCAUUUCAAGUCGGUAGAAUUUUCAAAAAAUUUCAACCGUCGAACGAAACAGUUCUGCGAGCAGAUGAUUUGAAAUUUCUAAAUGCUCACACCCAUUUACAGCACGAUUUUGUCGAUAAUGACAUCGAAUUGGAAGACAAAUGCCGCCGCGAAAAUCCGUGUGUUAACGGCGGAACAUGUUUUAUGGAGAAAGGAAAAAUGAAAUGCGACUGUCGUGCUGGAUUUAUGGGACAACAUUGCAAAGAAGUCGAUCAUUGUGUGGAUAACGAAUGCGCUAACAACUCGACAUGCAUCAAUGAUCCCAAUUCGCACAGCGGUUAUUCGUGCCAAUGUUUGAAUGGGACGGUUGGAAAAUUAUGCGAUGUGGCUUGUGAGCCGGAUUUCUGCAAGCACGGAAGCCAGUGUGUGAUGAAGCCUAGCGGAAAACUUGGAUGUAAAUGUGUGUCAGGAACCACUGGAAGUAGAUGUGAAAGAGAAAUCAAUGAAUGCGGCUUCGGAAAAUGCAAAAACAACGCGAAAUGUGUGGAUUUGUUCAAUGAUUAUCGAUGCGAAUGCUCUCCAGGCUGGAUGGGACGCAAUUGCGAUCGGCCAUGCAAGGAUGUUUAUGGCUCGUGUCGUAUAUGGAAGCGCGAUGGGCAGUGCGAGCAAAUGAGAGAAACCACCGAGUUCUUCGACACCAACUGCGCUGCUUCGUGUGGGACUUGCAUUAUGAACAACGACACCGACAAUUCAUAUCUUCCACUUCAACCGAUUUUAUUACCGUUUGGAUGGCUUCUGGGGGAAUGGCAGGGUCAAGUGAAAGGAUGGAAUAACAGGUCGACAGAUUAUCCGGUCGAUAUGGGUGGAAUGGCAUAUAAUGAGACACUCACAUUCUCUGUGGCACCUCCACUAAUGUUCGGAACUCCAUAUAUUAAUUAUACAGCGGUGAUGCAAAGUGUGGAGGAUCCAGACGACGUUCACAUGUAUUCUGGAUUUUUGACGAUUCAACAGUACAAGGACAAGAAUCAAAAGAACGAGAUGAAAGCUUUGACUUCAGUUUCAAACACGGGUUUGGUUAUGAUCGAAGAAGGCGAGCUGAUCGAUGAUCGGCCGAUUACACAAGGUGGACCCACUCUAAUGCUACAUCCAACUUAUAUGAUGUACAAAAAUGGAACAAAACCAGCAAGAUUCCCUGAAAGAAUGAAACGUUGGUUCAGCGCAAAGAACAAUCGAUUACUGCAAUAUAUGUAUUCCUUAAAUGAAUAUCAAGUAAACUACCUUCGUCAGCACGGAGAAAUGUCGCCGUACACUGUUAUCGAGCGCCAUCCAUCACAAGAAUUUAUAUACGAGCCCAACGCGGAACCAUUGAGAUUUAGAGAUGAAUCGACAGUGAACAAAUUUAUUCGAUCAUCUGAAUCGCAAGAAGUGAUUAAUCGAAUCCCAAAUCUGCGCAGUGUGAUGUCGUCGGACUUCUCGACAUGCGAUACAAUAUCUUCGCGCUACGUUGUUCCAAACGUGAUUCAUCCAGUUUACACCAGCAAUAGCGACGGAAAUUUGAAAUCGGCCGGCAAUCCGUAUGCUCAUCAUCCAAACUACACAACCCCUUCGCAAUAUUUCGAUCAUAUUGUAGACGAUAACAAUGCGGAACGAUCGCAUUCGGAUGCUCAACUGACAUCAAUGGACAUUAUUAAAUUAGCUGAUCCGUUUUCGAAUGACACUGAAUCCUAUAAGUAUCCGGCACCGGUUCUUCCACCAUCAGAUGUGACGUUGAAUAAGAAGUUGUUGAGUUCCGAUUCUGUUGCUGAACUUGGAGCUCUCGACAUUCAUUUUCCGGAAAAACACGCCGCCGUCACCAUGGCUCCGAUUCAUCGAGAAACCCCGACGACAACGCUGAACAAAAAACUUUUCUCGGCCGACUCUUUGUAUGAUUUGAACUGUUUGGUUGUCGAAUUUGACGAGAAGGACCAUUUUCAUCCGACGUCGAAUCUAUUGAAAAUUCGAGAAUUUUCGCCGCAAUCAUUGGCCGACUUGCGUGAUUUGCCGCCCCUAUCGCAAUAUUCCGAUUUCAAUAUCGGAUCAUCGAAGGACGUCGCGACUUGCCGUGGAAUCAGUCCAACGCCGAAUGACAUCGCCGCGUUCCAGUAUUUCGAGAAUGUCGCAUAUGGUGGAAUGUGA